GGGGCCAGAGGGGCGGAUCGGGAGCAGAGGACCGGGAUCCGGGGAGGCAGUGCCCGCGGAGACCAGGCAGCGGCGACACCGCGACGGGCGACAGAGCGACCCCGCAGAUCCAUUCUCCCACUUAAACCCUGAAGACUUGGACCACACAAAAGCUUACAAAUUUUAGGGAAGAAGGCUUCUUAAAGAUGUCCAGCAAGACCACCAGCACCAACAACAUAGCCCAGGCCCGGAGGACCGUGCAGCAGCUGCGGCUGGAGGCCUCCAUCGAGAGAAUAAAGGUGUCAAAGGCGUCCGCAGACCUCAUGUCCUACUGCGAGGAGCACGCGAGGAGCGACCCUCUGCUCAUCGGCAUCCCGACCUCGGAAAACCCUUUCAAGGAUAAAAAGACCUGCACCAUCCUAUAGUGGGGCGCAGCCGCCUGCUCUCCGCCACCGAGCAGCUGAGCAGCGCCCGGGGAGCCCGCCGCCCGCCCCUGCACCCACCGCUGACACCCGCGACGCUCGCUCGGAAGCUCGGACUCUGAGUCUGGACGUUCCGAGCUCCCUCUCUCUACGACGCCCCCACUAUUUCCGACAGAAUAGCGAUCUUGUUUUCUACUUGGGAACUGUGCUAUUGGAUUGGGUUACUGUUUCAGGAAGCUUAGUCCGGGCCUCUUAAAAACACAAUUCUACACUUCCGAUUACCGUUGAUUCAGGAAUGCCAAGACCUAAAUUGUCCGAGCACCUGUCAAAUUAAAAUGCCAAGAGUGACUUCAACCCCGAACCCCUGUAUCCCACGAUGUUCGUAGGAAGGGUUGUGCUAACCUCUUUAACACACAAGGGGAGGACUGCAGGAUGUACAUGUGUAUCUUUGUGUGUACCCUUAUCAAAGCUUAUUUCCUCAUUAAAACACUCCUCUCUAUAUAACAUCAGUUCUCCAAUACCAGAAGUUAUACCUUUAUCUUGAGUUACAUGUAGGAAGAAUAAAAAAAAAUUUUCAAGCCAGGCAUAAUGGUGCACACCUGUCAUCCCAGCACUCGGGAGGCUGAGGCAGGAGGGUCACUGUGAGUUCGAGGACAGCCUGGGCUACUUAGCAAGACCUUGCCUCAAAAAAAUUAUUUUCAUGUAGUAAUUGUACAAAAAGAAAGGACAUAUUAAAGAUUAGAGUCAUUAUAAUUAGGUAAUUCAGUCUCUCUCUCUUGAAAUCUUGCUGCGCCUUAAGCUCUCCUCAGCGGUGCCAAUUAAAACUCAAGGCUGACGGGAAAGCUCUUUGGAGACCCCUGGAGGACCCGGGAAGCCUCACCCUCGGGAUGGGGCACAGCCCCUCACCCCGAGCCAUCCAGGUCCCCAGGAGCUGGCCGGGAGCAGCAGAAAUUGCAGCCUCAGCACUGUCCGGCCCGCCUUGAGGGUCAGCCCCUCACUGUCCCCACCAUGCCCAUGUCUCCCAGGCUCCAGUGCCCAUUUUCAGAAGCGACAGUCCCCCGCCAGCCCCGGGUGGGAGGAGGUGGGAACCAGGCACCAAAGCCCAGAGGCUUCGAGACGCUUGGCCCCUCUCGGCAUUGGUUUGUCGCCUGCCCGGGUGGGAGGGGUCCAGCUGGGUGUUCCAGGACCCCAGGUCCCACUGUGGGUGCUGAGUUCCUUGGCAUCCUCUGGACAUGAAGAUGCCCCUCCUGUCCCAGGCUCCCGCAUUGACAUCGGAGGAGCGCAUCUUGAUUUUGUCAGAGGAGUCAGCUUUGAAAUGCUCACCAUGCCGCACACCCACCUGUAACACUUUAACCCCACUCUGUUCACUAAAACAAAUGACUAAAGGUCAGAAAGCUUACUCUCCUCGAGGCUCAGCCCGAGAAGGAAUGAUUCCCAUCAGUCCCCGUCCACUGGUCCCGAGAGGCAGGUGCUGUCAGAUCUCCCUCGGGUGCCGCACUCACAGACAGGGACGCAGGCAGGGCUGUGUCUGUGGCCCUUGAGCUGCCUGAGCUAGUCACACAAAGCCCUCAGCCUGUGUCACCUACCCUCGAGUCUGCGAUGCAUCAACUCCUGGAGACCACAGACACCAAGCAGGGGAGAGAAGGUGCGCUUACCUUCCCAAGGGUGAGAUCGGAAUUUCGCCCAGAGGCGGCCUCACAGGCAGGGCUCCGCUCCAUGAGACUCUUUCUCUCUAAGCACAUUUUCUACCGCUAGCUUCAGAGUGCUCGCCCUCUCACCGCUCUCAUGUGCAGCAUUGCUUGGGAGAUUUUAUGACGCAGCUCAGUGCACUGUCCGUGAAGUUGCUUUGGUCCUGCGCCACGCAGGUCUCAUUCUCAGAGCGAGCAGACUCCGCUCCAGUCCUCACACGCUGAGCAAACCCCUGGGGCUCUGUAUUUGUUACUGUGCUUAAGGGGGAAGAGAGGGACUCCAGUCUGCAGGAGGUGUCUCUCGUAAAGGCCAUGAGUGUGUGCGUCACUUCCUGAGCAGGUGCUUGGAAGAGUGGACUCAAGCACCUGGCUGCAUGAGGAAGAAACAGUGUAGCCCAAUGUUGAUUUAAUUAUAAGCAGAUCCUUCACUGAGCACACGGAUAGGCUAGGAGGGCAGCUCCUCUCCUCUUAGGAAGCCGACACGGGCCACCUCUGCCUUAUUCCCACGAGAUGACUUGAAUGUGCUCGGUGUACUUGUUCUUUAAUGGCACUUCUGUUUCUGAGCUCUUCGUCAGUUCAUCAGCAAUCUAAUGUGCCCAGGUGAGGCCUUGGAUCAUGGAGGUAGGCUAGCUGAGAUGUCAUGACUCCAAAGUAUCAUAAGGAAACAUGUUUUCUUUAAAUAAGGAAAAUACUCUGUUCACCAGGUGGUUCACAGUUAUGGUUUGUAACGGCUUUCUUUGUGUUAAAAAAAAAAACAGUCAAGUUUUUUCGUUCUUUACCUUAUUAAAGGACCACACUUACCUUUUAAAGGAAAGACUUGAUUUGUUUUCUCCACAUUUGGGCUGUUUUUGUACUUCACUAAUAUUUAAACUAUCAGGAAAAAAAACACUUUGUAACAAUGAUUCAGUAAUUUUGAUGAAUAGCUUAAUUUACGUAGUAAAAGAUGAGCCAAAAUUUCUCUUUAGAUGCCACCUUCUCAACCAAGUUAUUUGUUUGGUUUUUUGCUUUUUUGGUACCAGAGAUCGAACUCAGGACCUUGCACUUAUGAGGCAGUACAGUGCCACUGAGCUAAAUCCCUGGCCGUAUUUGUAACUAGUAAUCCAAUCUUCCUGGGACGCUGAGUUUUUAUUUAAGAUAGGCAGGUAGAUAUCUCCAAGAAGCGAAUGGCUGUAUGUGUCAGUCAUUUCUCAGUGACAUAAGCAGAACUCCAGAGUAUGUUAUGCAUUGUAUUGAUUGCUUUUGUGCUAAGCCUGCUCAUAGGAAAGAAUGCAUCAAACCAAAACAGAAUGAUGGACAUAUUAAAAUGAAGAGAGCCCUGACCAGCAGUCGGUGGCUUGGACUUUAGCCCUGCAUCAUUUUCUAGUCAGUCCUUGUGUGACUUUGGAAAAGACACUCCACUCCGUGUCCCGGGGCCCUCAUUCCUCCACUGUCACGGGGCGGGACACGCACGAAGGCCAGGGUCGCUGCCUGGUCCUGUCCUUCCUGCCAGUGUUGGUGCUAGGAGCCGCUCCAAGUGUAACAUUGGUUUGUCUAUGGCGUGUGCUCCUUGGCAGCUUGUGAAAGGCCCUUGCGACAGCAUUUCUCCUUGUUCUGUGGACUCGGUGACUGUGCUGAUGACUCAUCUUCAGCCCCACAGCUACAAGCCCUGAUGCCUCCAUUCUCUGUAAGUUUGUAUUUGAUGGCUCCCUGGUGAGAUUUCGCUCUUUCCUAACGUCGGUGACUUAUCUGUCCAGCAUCUUUGUAACCUUAACGCUGUGAUUUCUGUUCGGAAAUCUGCUGUGCGGGAGGAAUAGAAGCAUUUACUUCCCAGCUACUGAGGUCUUGGGUUUGGAAGGCAUCUUGUGAACAGCACCAGCCUUUGCUGCUGGAUCAGUGCCUGGUUGUAUCAUUCUGUCCAUGUUUCACUCAAUAAACCCAUAAGAGAUGGUU